GGGCCAGAGACAGCUCCAGCGAGAGACAGGGGGCCAGAGACAGCUCCUGAGAGAGACAGGGGGCCAGAGACAGCUCCUGAGAGAGACAGGGGGCCAGAGACAGCUCCUGAGAGAGACAGGGGGUCAGAGACAGCUCCUGAGAGACAGGGGGCCAGAGACAGCUCCUGAGAGAGACAGGGGGCCAGAGACAGCUCCUGAGAGAGACAGGGGGCCAGAGACAGCUCUUGAGAGAGACAGGGGGCCAGAGACAGCUCUUGAGAGAGACAGGGGGCCAGAGACAGCUCCAGAGAGAGACAGGGGGCUAGAGACAGAUCCAGAGAGAGACAGGGGACCAGAGACAGCUCCUGAGAGAGACUGGGGGCCAGAGACAGCCAAUGAGAGAGACAGGGGGCCAGAGACAGCCACUGAUAGACUGGGAGCACAGACAGCACCUGAGAGACUGGGGGCCAGAGACAGCCACUAACACACUGGGAGCAGAGACAGCACCUGAGAGACUGGGGGCCAGAGACAGCCACUAACACACUGGGAGCAGAGACAGCAACUGAGAGACUGGGAGCAGAGACAGUAGGCCAGAGACAGCCACUAACAGACUGAGAGCAGAGACAGUCACUGAGACUGUGGUCAGAGACAGCCACUGACAGACUGGGAUCAGAGACAGCCACUGGGAGACUGCGGUCAGAGACAGCCACUGAGAGACAGGAGGCCAGAGACAGCCACUGACAGACUGGGUCCAGAGACAGCCACUGAGAUACAGGAGGCCAGAGACAGCCACUACUAGACUGGGUCCAGAGACAGCCACUGAGAUACAGGAGGCCAGAGACAGCCACUAAUAGACUGGGUCCAGAGACAGCCACUGAGAUACAGGAGGCAAGAGACAGCCACUGACAGACUGGGAUCAGAGACAGGAGUCCAGAGACAGCCACUGACAGACUGGGAUCAGAGAUGGGGUCCAGAGACAGCCACUGAGAGAGUGCUAGAGAAGGCCACUGACAGACUAGGGCCAGAGACAGCCACUGAGAGACAGUGGACCAGAGACAGCCACUGACAGGCUGUGGCCAGAGACAGCACCUGAGAGACAGUGGACCAGAGACAGCCACUGACAGGCUGUGGCCAGAGAUAGCACCUGAGAGACAGGGGACCAGAGACAGCCACUGAAGGAGAGAGACAGGGGGUCAGAGACAACUGUGAAAGAGACAGGGGACCAGAGUCAGACACUGAUAGAGAAAGACAGGGAGACAGAGACAGCCACUGGGAGAUAGACUGGGCUCAGAGACAGCCACUGACAGACUGUGUCCACAGACAGCCCCUGAGAGAGACUGGGGCCAGAGACAGCAACAAAGAGUUAUGAGAAACAGGGACAAUAAACAGUCCAUUGAGAAAAUCUAGGGCCAGAGACAGCUACUGAGAGACUGGGGCCAGAGACAGCCCUGAAAGAGACAAGGACCUUAGACAGCCUGGGAAAAAUAGACACAGAGCUCAGGGACAGAGACAGCCACUGAGACUGAGAGGUAUGAGACUGGGUUCAGAGACAGCCCCUGAGAGACGGGGACCAGAGACAGUCAGAGGCCAGAGACAUCCCCUGAGACAGGGGUCCAGAGACAGCUUCUGAAAGUGACAGGGACCAGAGACAGCCACUGUGAUUGAGAGGUAUCAGAGACAGCCACUGAGAGAGUCAGGGACCAGAGACAGCCACUGGGAGAGACAGGGUCCUGAGACAGCUCCUGCAUGAGACAGACACCAGGUGAAAUCUGUGACAGGGAGAGAGCAAAACAAAAGGAAAGUGACAGUGACCUGAGGGAGAGCUUAAGUAGAGAUCAGGCAUAACAUUUCCAGGAGACUGCACGCACACAGCGAGAGACAGCCCGGAGGCAGUGAGAGAGUGCCUCCUCGGGGCCUCUGCUGGAACAAUGUGUGAUUGUUGUGGGGGUGGCAGAUCCCUGUCCCGGGGAUCAUUGUGCAGGGACUGAGUCACUAGAGGGGGAGCUCCCUGCUCGCUGCUGCUGCUACUGGCCCUUUAAGAAUCUGGUCAAGCAGUCCUAGCGGUGUGUGUGAGUCUGAGUGAGAGGGGAGAGGAGGAUUCACUCCGGGCUGGACUCACUCACAGAGGUGGCUGCUGCUGCUGUGACAAAGGGAUCUAGUGCUGCUGUGCCCAGCAAUGCUCACUGAGCCAGACGUCCCCCCGGAGCUGGAGAGGAUGUCUUCCAAGCGACCAGCCUCUCCGUAUGGGGAAGCAGAUGGACAGGUAGCCAUGGUGACAAGCCGGCAGAAAAUGGAAGACGAGGCGAGUGGAGGGCUCCCAGCCUUUCACCUUCCCUUGCACGCCAGUUUUCCCAACAAGCCUCACUCCGAGGAAUUUCAGGCAGUCUCCCUGCUGACGCAAGACGCUUGUGACCACAGGAGUCCCACGUACCAACACAACACAAUGGACAUCGAUGGCAAUAAGCUGAUCUCUUCAUUUGCCACGCACAACUCCGCUACCUCACCCAUGAAGGCAGAUGAAGGUGGGAGGCAAAGUGGCGAGUCUUUGUCUAACGCCGCUUUGGGGACUCCGGAAAGGCGCAAAGGUAGCUUAGCGGAUGUGGUGGACACACUGAAGCAGCGUAAAAUGGAGGAGCUCAUUAAAAACGAACCAGAAGAGACGCCCAGCAUUGAAAAGCUUCUGUCUAAGGACUGGAAGGAAAAGCUACUCGCCAUGGGAUCAGGGAAUUUAGGUGACAUAAAAGGGACUCCUGAAAGUCUAGCGGAGAAGGAGCGGCAGCUGAUGGGGAUGAUAAAUCAGCUGACGAGUCUGCGAGAACAGCUGCUGGCAGCGCACGAUGAGCAGAAGAAGCUCGCCGCAUCGCAGAUCGAGAAGCAGCGCCAGCAGAUGGAGCUCGCCAAGCAGCAGCAAGAACAGAUCGCAAGGCAACAGCAACAGCUUCUGCAGCAACAGCAUAAAAUCAAUCUGCUCCAACAGCAAAUACAGGUGCAGUCUCCAAAAUAUGGUGUGGAAAGUUAUCUCCUAGACUUGGUCCAAGGCCAGCUGCCCCCCCUAAUGAUACCUGUAUUCCCACCUGAUCAGAGGACGUUCGCAGCAGCAGCUGCAGCCCAGCAAGGAUUCCUCAUACCUCCUGGAUUCAGCUAUAAGGCCGGAUGCAGUGACCCUUACCCCGUUCAGCUGAUUCCAACUACUAUGGCAGCUGCAGCUGCCGCAACUCCCGGCCUGGGCCCGCUGCAGUUACAGCAAUUGUACGCUGCUCAGCUGGCUGCCAUGCAAGUGUCCCCGGGGAACAAGAUACCUGGAAUGCCGCAGGGAAACCUCGCUGCCAUGUCUCCAAACAGUCUCAACACCGAGAAGAACACCAACAGCCCGCCGCCCAAAUCCAAGGAUGAUGUCGCUCAGCCAUUGAACCUCUCAGCCAGACCUAAGACGUCGGACAGCAAGUCGCCCACGUCGCCCAACUCACCCCAUGUCCUUACAGCAAGAAUAAGCAGCAGCAACAGCUCCUACAAACCCUCCGUCUCCUCCACGCUCGCCAGCCCCCCUGUCAGAGUCAAUUCUAUAGAUUGGGCAAAGCCACUACUGAACAGUAAUAUAUCUCAGAGGUUGCAGAUUGGCGUGCUGCAUGCGAUGUUAUGUGACCGGCGGUCAGACAUCCUGUCCUCUAUCACCUCAACGGGCUACUUAAACGAUCACGACGCAGUGACAAAGGCCAUCCAGGAGGCGCGGCAGAUGAAGGAGCAGCUCAGGCGGGAGCAGCAGGUCCUGGACGGGAAGGUGGCAGUAAUGAACAGCCUCAGCCUGAACAACUGCCGAUCAGAGAAGGAGAAAGCGUCGUUAGAUUGCCUGUCGCAGCAGCUGGCCGCCAAGCAGGGCGAUGACGGAAAGUUCGGUCACACCAUGAUGGACUUCAACUUGAGCGGAGACUCUGACGGAAGUGCCGGAGUGUCAGAAUCCAGGAUAUAUCGGGAGUCCAGAGGCCGCGGCAGCAGCGAGCCGCAUAUUAAGCGGCCAAUGAACGCCUUCAUGGUCUGGGCGAAGGAUGAACGGAGGAAGAUUCUCCAGGCUUUCCCAGACAUGCAUAACUCUAACAUCAGCAAGAUAUUAGGUUCUCGUUGGAAAGCCAUGACAAACCUGGAGAAACAGCCUUACUACGAAGAACAGGCGCGGCUCAGCAAGCAGCACCUGGAGAAAUACCCGGACUACAAGUACAAGCCGCGGCCGAAACGCACCUGCCUAGUUGACGGCAAAAAGCUGCGGAUUGGUGAAUACAAAGCAAUCAUGCGCAGCAGACGGCAAGAGAUGAGACAGUAUUUCAACGUAGGGCAACAAGCACAGAUCCCUAUCACCACGACGGGAGUUGUGUACCCAGGAGCCAUAGCCAUGGCGGGGAUGCCGUCGCCUCACCUGCCCUCCGAGCAUUCCAGCGUCUCAAGCAGCCCGGAGCCUAGCCUGCAGGUCAUCCAAAGCACUUACGCCAUGAAAGUAGAUGCGCCUCACAUCAAGGGGGAGAUCCAGAACGACGACGUCAACAGCGAAAUGUAUGACGAGUACGAAGAGGAAGACGACCCAGAAGUGGAUUAUGGCAGUGACAGUGAAAAUCACAGUGCGGGACAAGCCAACUGAUGACGGGUGGACGGCGUGAACUUUGUGGACUUCAUAACGCCCGAUCCCGACUCACCCUUUAUCAGUGGCGAGCGCAUGAGCUUUCAGAUACACUGACUGUUACUUUAUCUGUCCUCAAUACGAGCUGGGACAUUUCAACCGGGAUCACCGGAGUCGGAAAAAAGAACUACAGAUAACAACUGACUAUCCACCAAACAAAUGGGAUAAGCUAUGGGUAAACUAAAUGCCAGUAAUUCAGCUGCUCAGCACUGACGUCUUACCCUUCAAAUUUUUUUUUUUUUUUUUUCCAUAUGUUAAAAAGAAAACUCAAAAACUUUAUGGCUGUUUGUUCGACAAUGUUCUAGAAAUUCUCACUCAGGUACACAGUGCCAACAAGUGGCUUGUGAAUGUGUUUUGUCGUUUUGUGCUAAAGUUUAAAGAGGAAUUAAGAAUUUUUUGACAAAAAAAAAAGCUCCUAACUGGCUCCUCCCCCCCACCCUCUUCCCCUCCCCUCACUUUCCUUGGCGUAGUCGGCGGGUCCAAGGGACUUACCCGCAUGGACACCCGGCCGAUUUUAAUUCUGUUUUUCCAUUUGUAUCAUGGACGUAUAACUUCAUCUGUUGCAUAUUACGCCGCGUCUUUUAGCAAGUGCCAAAUCUGUACUGAUGCGCUGAAUUAGCACAUUAUUUUCUCGUUUAUUUCUGCUCUGUCUUAAUUUCGGACAGCGUUACUAUGUCUUAGACAAUCUCUUCAAGAACUGAAAAUUGACCAGCAGCUGGUAAAAGUUGAGUCUUUUUUUUUUAAUUCUAUAUAUAUAUAUUUUAUUUUAUUUUGAACAGAAACUGUAGUUGCAGUUCUCAGGUGAUGGUGAGAGACAUAAGAAUAUUUUAUGGCGUGUAUUAUGUGUGCGUGUGAGCGUGUUCUGGUACUAAUGAUAUGUUCGUACCAUGCUUAACAUGGGAUGAAAUCCCACAUCCUAUUUGUCACCAGACUUUAAGAAGCCUUUAAUGAAUAUUUGCACUUCAAAUAUCUAAAGAAGAACGGAAAGGAAAGAAGG